GGCGGUGGUGUUGCACAAUACCACUUAAAAGGCUGCUCUUUUACAGCGUUUUUACAAUCUCGAGGAGUUCGACAUCGCUCCCCGCUCUCCGAAAGACCAGACCCUCCUUCGCAGGGGGCAUUGCAGCUUUUCGUCCCCCGGUCGUCAGGCCACCAGCUCUGCCCGCUUCAAGGUCCGACGCUUCACCAAUCCUCGUGUUACAGAAAAGACACAGCGGAAGAACUGACAGGGCUUGAGGCUGAAACGGCGAUUCCCUCACUGCUAACUAAGUCCGAGGAAUCGUCUCAAGCCGCGCUCAGAGAAUAAAUCUCUGUCUCCUUUUCUCCGCCCGGCUCCCUCCCCACCGCCUUGUAUCUUCAGGAACGGACUUUUUCAAAAUUAGGCAUAGGGGGAAGACGGGGUGUUUUGCAGAGUUAGGACCUUUGACGCCCACCUAUGAGGCCCUCUCGUUUCUUCCAGCAAAUUCCCCUCCAUCUUUUUGAAGAGUCCUUCGCGGGCUUGCUUUGCGGAGUUUCCCCCCGCAACGAAGCCUGGAAGCUGCAGAGGUCUGCGUUCUCUCGACCCCCUCCCGGCCCUGGGAAUGGUGCGUUCUGCUGAAAGGCAUCUGAGCGCCAGGAAUCUCAGCCCUGCCAGUGUGUUCGCGGCUUGGUAGAGUUGGCGGCGGUGGCGGCUGCUUACCCGGCCAAAGAGCGGUAGCUUUGGGCUGCUGCAGGGCUGCUAUUGUCUGUCUUGGUGGUGGCACUCUUUCUCUUUCCUCCUUCCCUGUCUUUCAUUCACUUCUUCUUUGACAUUUUUACUUCUGAAAAUUUUCUUGCUUGGUAAAUCUAGAUUUAUUAAGGAAUACCAUACCAGUUUAGCCUCCUCAUCUAGCAGGCAAAGAGGAUUGAGGGAUUCAUAUCUAAAACACCAAUCUUGGUGUCAAUGGGAAUUGGUCCUGUCAUUCCGAUAAUUUACUAGUCCAGCCUUGCACUAAUCUAAGAAGAAUCACAAAGUGAAAGGAUUUGUAGCACUGCUAAGAGGUUUGCACUGUUAUACAAUUCAGGUGUCAAGAUGUCAUUGAAAAUACAGACAAGUAACAUCACAAACAAGAAUGAUCCCAAGUCCAUCAACUCCAGGGUCUUCAUUGGGAAUCUCAACACAGCAGUGGUCAAGAAGUCAGAUGUAGAAACCAUCUUCUCUAAAUAUGGCAGAGUGGUGGGCUGCUCUGUGCAUAAAGGCUAUGCAUUUGUACAAUAUUCAAAUGAAAGGCAUGCACGGGCUGCUGUCCUAGGGGAGAAUGGGAGAGUACUCGCCGGUCAGACUCUAGAUAUAAACAUGGCUGGAGAACCAAAGCCCAACAGACCAAAAGGACUAAAGAGAACAGCAUCUGCCUUGUACAGCAGUGGCUAUGACUUUGACUAUGAUUACUACAGAGAUGACUUCUAUGACAGACUCUUUGAGUAUCGUGGAAGAGUCUCUCCCAUACCCAGGAUGGUUCCCGUGAAGCGGCCACGAGUCACCAUCCCUUUAGUACGACGUGUCAAAGCAGCUAUCCCGGUCAAGCUCUUUGCCAGAUCUGCUGCUCUUGUGAAUAGUUCUGCCAAAUUAAAAUUGAAAUGCAGUGAACUGCAGACAAUUAAAACUGAGCUGACACAGAUCAAAUCCAACAUUGAUGCUCUCUUGGGCAGAUUGGAGCAGAUUGCUGAACAACAGAAAGCACCUACAGAAGUUAGAAAAAAGGCAGAUGGAAACAAAAGUGAAAUUUCUCAAGAAGACACAGCAUCAGAAGCAGAUGUGAAUACGGAAGAGCCGUUAAAUGGGGAAGAAGAAGAAGAGGAAGGCCUUGUGCAGGAUGAUUGUGAUGAUGAAUUGGAGAAUAGCCAUUUCACAUAUGUGGAAGACUCCAGCCUACAGUAAUUAGGUUCCCUUCUUUGUACAAUAUUGUAAGAUGGUUUAUUCGUAGUUGCCAACUUCAAAAAUAGAUGGAGCAUUGUUUGCUUAGCAGGGUAAUCCAGUCUUUCAGACUCCAACUACUUGUCAGGAAAGGGUGAGAAUCACAUUUUCAUACAGGCCAAAUUCAGAGGAUUUUAUCCUACCCUUCUAAGGAUUUCUGCUGGAAGAUAUACAACCAGAUAUAAUGAUCUUCUCUUCUUCAGGACAUAUUAACAGAAGAUUGCAUCUCACAAAGCACAGUAAUUUACAACAAUUUCUUUGUUGAAAAUACAAGUUACAAAACAGGCAAGCAUUGUUUUUCUUUUUAUUUUCUUUAUCCUUUUGGCUCUUCUCUGUUAGCUUAUCCUGCAAAGUUUGAUCACUUUGGUGUCCCUAGCUAUUUUCAAAAUGCUUCCUAGACUUUGUUUUGCUAUGAACAAACCGCAGGACUGAAAAAUGAAAGAAAUGGGGGGAGGGGGAUUUGUACAUAAAAUACUGUAUAAUAAAAGGAAGAACUUGAUUCAUGAUUUAA